UGAUCAGGAUUCUCCCUGAUCGCCUCACCUGGACCCGUCCCACUGGGAAGAGACCCAGAACUCACUGGAGCGUUUAUGACACACAGCAGAGCUGAUGACAGCACCAGGCUUUAACCACCAGAGGGUGUAACGUCAAAACAUCUGGACUCGCUUACGUCGCGUAAAUCAUUAUCCGUUUGAUGUUUGCCGCCGAUUGAAAACAAUUGGCCAAUUGUUGCUUUUGAAGAGCGUAAGGUUAUUGAAUUCUCCAUUUGUAUUUGUUGGAAGAUUUAUAAUUUAGAAUAGUUUAAUAUGCUAUAAAAGGUAUAAAAGCCAUAAAUAUGUGACAUAUCCCAACAGAGCUGAACACUUGAUGUGUUAAAGGGCAAAAAUACCACAAGAUUAUAUAAGUGGCUGCAAACCAUAUCAACAUAUGAACACUUAACAACUUCCUUUAAAGUCACACAUUAAGCGUUAAAUCAGUUAUGAUCACCUUGUUGCAUUCCUAACUAAAUGUUUGCAUCUGUCCAAAUUCUUCAUUAAUGAAAUAUUUUACAUUUCUUUAUUGAAAAGCUCAGUUUUUGGGUUUUGUUGGGUACCAUCUUUAGAAAACAAUCACUUAUUAAGGCACCAAACCCACAUGUGGGUGUGUAUCGACACACAGAUCGAACACCUGAGCGAUAACAAGCUCAGCGUGUAGCAAAGGGAGUUCAGCAGUAGCAACGUAACGAGUUGUUCUUCAUGUUCAUCCAACCUCCUCUGAGUAUAUUCAUGUUUAUUUUUGCGUUAUCAACGGUCAGGCAGGUGAACAUAUCUGAUUAGAUUGGGGGUAGCUGCACUGACUCUUGGCCUUUGUUCCCUUCCUGCUGUAACCGUCACUCGCUGUGUUUGACUUUCGGCUCGUCAGAGUCAGCGGCGAUCCUCCUGUCUCGUUCACAGCCUUUUAUGGUCCGAGUCGCUUUUCCUUCGCUCGCAUUCGGCUUGAAGAGGCUGUCAGAGAAGAGAGAGCGGACAGUUUGUUAGGCUGAAAGGGAUAAUCCUGACAGGAUGUGUUGUACUGGACAGUGUGCCCGCCUGGUGGGCCUGAUCCUGCUGCCGUCGGCCUUCAUCUGCAUGAUCUCCAACUUGCUGCUUUUCUUCCCCAAUGGGGAGAAGCUGCAAACCAACCAGAUCACCCUGCAGGUCUGGCUCAUGGGGGGCAUCAUCGGCGGAGGUCUCUUUAUGCUGUGCCCGAGCUCCUCAGCUAUCAGGGCCGGGGGCAAGGGCUGCUGUGGACAAGGCUGCUGCGGCAAUCGCUGCAGGAUGCUGAGCUCAGUCUUUUCUUCUGUCUUCGGCCUGCUGGGGGCAGUUUACUGCUCAUGUGUGGCCAUAGCUGCGUUGGCGGUGGGACCUAAGUGUCAGAUUGAUGAUGGCCAAUGGAAAUACCCCUUUGAGGACUUGGGCACGGGUAACAGCAGCUAUCUUUGGGACCAGGACUUGUGGUCAGAUUGCAAGAAGCCUCAAAACAUAGUUCUGUGGCAUAUCGUGCUGUUCUCCAUCCUGCUGGGGAUGGGCUUGCUGCAGCUCAUACUCUGUGGCAUCCAGGUGAUCAACGGCUGCUUAGGAUGCAUCUGUGGCGACUGCCAGGACGACAGCGAUGGAAAAAAAUAAACAAACUUUAUGAAGCUUUGAAAGCAUGCUUCAUCCUGUCAGAGUGAAAGUGGAUUAUAAAGGUGAAGAAGAAGAGAAUCUUGCAGAGACCAUCCAUCACCUCUGGGAAUGUGACCUUUGGUUCAAAUUUUUUGCUGAAUAACCUAUAAUAUUUUUCUUUUCUUUUAAUUUGUUUUACUCGGUAUAAAUGUCCACCCUUUUACUCCAUUUUGUAUGUUUUAUUUUGCUCAUGUGUUUUGGUGGCAGAUAAUUUUACUGAGCCCAAUAAAAACUCCAUACGUUAGCAUGAAA